UCCCAUGAAUUUCUCAUCACCUACAAGGUACAAAACCAAGCAAUAUAUAAACACUUGACAUUACUUCUCUUCAAAGCACAUUAGGAUUUUCAUUCAUUUUUCAAACAUUACAUUGAUUUUUUCUUAAGAAUUACCAUUUUCAUACCCACAUCAACUUCUUUAGCAUCAACAUCAAAGCAAUAUAAUGGCUGCUGCUUCUUACAGUUUGAUGAAUAACGUUACUAAUAAUCGGUUAACCCUUAACACCGCCCGCCGGAAUCAUAAUCAACCUCGAGCAUCUGCUUCUCUAAACAUCAUCAAUCAAAACUCAUUAUCUCAUCUACGAUUCUCUAUUUUCUCUGCAAAUCAAGGAUUAUCCUUAAGCACGGCCAGUCAAAGAUCAUCCUUGGCGCAUCGAAAACUCUACAAAAAGAUGGAUGCAACUGUUUAUGCCAGUGUUCAACCAGGACUUCCCGUUCCUACUCCAUCACCCUCAGGCAGUAACUGGAAAGGAUGGAUAUUGGGAGCUUUCCUAUCAAUAAUCUUACCAUUGUUGAGGCACAAAUCUCCAUUGCUUACACUGAAAAGCAAAGUGGACAUGGUCGUAGGAACAAUCGAUACCGUAGCUGAGGUUAUCGAGAUGGUGGCGGAAGGAGUGGAGAAGGUAGCAGAUCAAGUAGCUGAUCAGCUUCCAGAAGGCCACCUCAAGGGUGCUAUAGAAUGCGUCGAAAGUAUAGCUCAUGAAGCCGCCAAAGAUGCUCAUUUAGCUGACCAAUUCCUUGACAAGGUAGUUGUGUUAGUGUAUCAGCGAGUCUCAUGGAUAACCUAGCCAAAGGAAUUGAAGCGGAUGGGGGCUGAGAUUGUAUUUAUGGGGAUAGAUUUUGCAAGCAAGGGCGGUCAAUCCCUUGUUGGCGGACAGCUAGUCCCCAAAAAUUGAAAUACGACUGGUCGAUUACCGUUGGUGGCCGGGUCGGAUCAGCAGCUCGAUGGAUCAAGCCUGGGUGGCUGCUCCGAACUGGACAGCUCCGGAAGGGCGGGAUGUACUUGGCAGGGGUGUCACAGGGGAUGUGGAUUAGUGCGGAGAUUCGAAAACGUGACGCCCAAAACCACCCAACCCUAACAAAGGAAACAAAAGGUCAUUUUCACCGGGGGCUGAGAUUGUGUCACAAGGGGACAAACUAACUCUAUCUUCCAUGUUAAUUUCUGCAAUAUCACGCUAUUGGGGGCUCGAACCUGGGACCUCCUGGAACACUUGAAACUUUGGGGAACGAGGAUGCCCAGCUUAAUGACCAUAAUUAUUUAUUACCUAACCCAUUAUUUAUAAGUUUAAUUAAAACAUUAGUACUUUUCACCUAAUGUGCUUUAAAAUUACGUGAUUUGUUUUGUUUUUGUUUUCUGGCCUUUGGUUCUAGAUAUGCAUUAGUGUUUCGUUUUCUGGCCUUUGUUUAUAGACAUGCAUUAGUCCAAGAUUGCACUAAUUAUAAAUUAAUUAGGGACAUAAUUAGCAUGUUACUUAGAACAUAAUUAAUCAUAAAUCAUCAUUAAAAAUUCAAAAUUAAAAGUUAUUAGUUAUAUGAUUUCAUGGUAUUUUCAGGGAAAUCAUAUCUAAAUGAUUAUUAUUCGAUUUCGAUACGUAGUUUGUUUUUUCUAAUAAGAUUAUUUUGGAUUUUCAACUAACAUUACAUAAAAGUUGAUUUUGGAUAAUUAUAAAACCUAAUUAUUUAGCUAGCUUGUUGAUUGUUUAAUUAGUAAUUAAAUUUAUAAUUUCUUGCUUGAUUAUGAAAUUACAGAUUGUGGAGGUUGAGGAAGGUUUGCUGAAGAAAAUCGAAUCUAAAGAAACUGUUGAAGCCCAAAAACAAGAAGAUGAGGCAGCUCAAUAAUGUCAUGCCUCUCGUCACAUACACGUUCACCUGGAACAUUAUUUUUCUUAAUCUUCAUUUUUUAUUCAAUUUAUUCUUUUGUAAAGUCCGAAUAAUCUCUAAGUUCAUCACAUGUACGCAAAAUAUAUGUAAUUCAAUUAAUCAAGCUCCU